GCUUUGCAAGGUGUGUAUGCCUAUGUUUCUUUGUCCUCCCCUGGCCUGUUCUCGUUGCCAUCCUUCAGAUAGUAGAUUAUCCUCUCCCACACUCAAAGUACCACAAAUUUGCCCUGAGUUUUAAAGGCCGUUUAUGUUUUCUCGCAUUACAAGUUGCUAUCAAAGUAAGUUUCUUGUCACGUUGACCUUUUGGAAAAAACAGUGGUGGGGAUCUAACCCAGCACUUCCUCCAUAACAUUCUACCACCAAACCUCUAAUCUAAAACACACAAUGCAACUAGUAGUGUUUAUGUUUGCUAAUAAUUUCUUAGACUUUUCCUGUCCUGGUCUGGUCUAAUGUCCUGGAUACUGACCACUGACCUCUCCUUCUUUCUUUCUUUUCUUCUAGCUCUGCACAAUUGCUCAGUGGACUCUAGCAGGAAGAUCCAUCUUUCCCUGUGUGUAUUGUAUUGGAUCAUCAUGGUGCCAACAUUACUAAUUCUUGUAGGGGCUUUGACAACAUUGCAAGCUGACUUACUUCUUAACAAAAACUUUUCACUUCUACCACCUGUCAAUUUUACGAUUAAAGCCAUUGGAUUAGCUCAAGUUCUUUUACAUUGGCACCCAAAUCCUGACCAAGAGCAAAGGAAUAUUGAUCUCCAAUAUUAUGUGAAAAUAAGUGCUCCACAAGAGGAUGAAUAUUACACCAGGAAGACUGAAAGCAAAUAUGUGAUCCCACUUCAUGAAGGCUUUGAAGCUAGUGUGAGGACCACCUUGAGGAGCAGCCAUUCUCCCCUGGCUAGCAGUUGGGUUUCUGCUGAACUCAAAGCUCCACCAGGGUCUUCUGGAACCUCGGUUAUAAAUUUAACUUGUACCACAAACACUGUCAUGAGUAGCCACACCAACUUAAGGCCAUAUCAAGUGUCUCUUCGUUGCACCUGGCUUGUUGGCAAGGAUGCCCCUGAGGACACACAGUAUUUCCUAUACUAUCGGUUUGGUGUUUGGACUGAAGAAUGCAAAGAAUACAGCAGAGAUGCACUGAACAGAAAUACUGCAUGCUGGUUUCCCAGGACAUUCAUCAACAGCAAAGGAUUUGAGCAGCUUGCAGUGCACAUUAAUGGUUCAAGCAAGCAUGCUGCAAUCAAGCCCUUUGAUCAGCUGUUCACUCCACAUGUCAUUGAUCAAGUAAAUCCUCCAAUGAAUGUCACAGUUGAGACUGAAGAAACUUCUCUCUAUAUCCAAUGGGAGAAACCAGUUUCUGCUUUUCCAGGCCAUUGCUUUAACUAUGAAUUGAAAAUUUGCAACACAAAGAAUGGUUACCUUCAGGUGGAAAGACUGAGCACCAACAAGUUCAUAUCAAAAAUUGAUGCUGUCUCUCCAUAUUCCAUUCAAGUGAGAGCUGCUGUGAGCUCAUCGUGCAGAAUGUCAGGAAGCUGGGGCGAGUGGAGUCAGCCUAUUUAUGUGGGAAAGGAAAAGAAGCCCUUGGCAGAAUGGUGUCUCAUUGUGCUUCCAGCCACUAUCUGCUUCAUCUUGUUGAUUUUCUCACUCGUCUGCAGAAUGUGUCACCUAUGGACCAAGUUGUUCCCACCAGUUCCAGCCCCGAAGAGUACCAUCAAAGAUCUCAUUGUGGAGACUGAGUAUGAGAAAGCUUCUUCAAAUGAAACCAGAAUUGAAGUUGUAACUUGUGUGGAAGAGGCUGGAUUUGAAGUCAUGGGAAAUUCCGUGUUUUGAUGGCUUUAUGACAUUUGGAAAUGAACUCAUACAGGACUCUGGGGAAAAAGCAAGAACUGAUAUUUCUUGGCAAGGAGAUAUUUCAAAUGACUGCUCAGUUUGGUUGCAAGGCCACACUUUCAAAUACCAGUCACCAAGGCCCCAUCUCUUAAAGGGUGCAUGCCUCAUCAAAACCUCCUUGCUCACAGCAAGGCAAUGGAUUCAUCCCAGCAUAGGGCCUUGUUUCCUGACACAAAGCAUCACCUCAUGUGAUUAUACUGGUCCAUCUUUGCAAUUUGCAUGACUUACCUUGAACUUUUUACAUGGGAGACAGUGUUUACUUUGGUUUAAGUUGCCAGUGGUAUCCCUCAGCUACAGCAACAAGAAGAAAGAGUGGAAGCCAUCCAAAGUGAACCCAAACUUGAGAUUGUCUUUUGUGUAGCAAGUGGGACCCACAAUUUCAUAGUGCUUUUUCCUUGUGAAUUCCAGAAUAGAUUUCAUUCAAGAAUUGGGCCUGUGUCAUAAAAGAGUAGUUGUGAUGUGGAAACAAAGACUGUGCCCAGCUUCACAGGCUGUCCUGGAAAGCAUCUAAGCCAAAGUAAGUUUUAAAAUGUGCCCUGAGUCAUCAUGCCUGGGGCUGAGGAGAUUGCUCAGGUGGUAACGUGCUUGGUGCCGAAGCAUG